UUCCUGUGUUCUCUUUGGUUAGGUUAGGUAAAUUAGAUUAGAUUUCUCCGCGUUCGUUUCGUCUCUUAAAUUUGUCAAAAGCAGAAUGACAGGUCAUCCGUCAAGUAUGACAUUUAAAAAUACGGUGAAAAAAUAAAAUGUUUUUUACACAAUGAUACAAUAUAAAAAAUCUAUGACAGUUGUAGUUUAUACGAUUGAAAAAUAACCUCACAUUGUGCGUAGAUUUCAUAAACACAUCGAAAUGUAUUUAAUAUCUUAUACGACGAUAUUAAUUUCAUUUUUAAUAUCGUGUUACACGUGGGAGAUACCAGAAAACUUUGCAAAAACUGAACAUUCCAAUAAUUGGGCAGUUUUGGUCGAUACAUCACGUUUCUGGUUUAACUAUCGACAUGUCGCGAAUGUUUUAUCUAUCUAUCGCAGUGUUAAACGAUUGGGGAUACCAGAUUCGCAAAUCAUUCUUAUGAUAGCUGAUGAUAUGGCUUGCAAUCCUAGAAAUCCUAGACCAGCGACUGUUUUUAACAAUAUUAAGCAACAUAUUAAUGUUUAUGGAGAUGAUGUAGAAGUUGAUUAUAGAGGUUACGAAGUAACGGUAGAAAAUUUUGUAAGAUUAUUGACUGGUCGCUUAGCGGAGGAAACUCCUAGAUCUAAGAAACUAUUAACAGAUGAAGGUUCAAACAUCUUGAUUUAUUUAACUGGCCAUGGUGGUAAUGGAUUCCUAAAGUUUCAAGAUUCUGAGGAAAUCACUAGUCAAGAGUUGGGAGAUGCAUUAGAACAAAUGUGGCAAAAACGGAGAUAUCACGAGAUUCUAUUUGUGGUUGACACUUGUCAAGCGAGUUCAAUGUAUGAGAAGUUUUAUUCCCCAAAUAUAUUAGCAGUCGCUUCAAGUUUAGUAGGGGAAGAUUCGCUUUCUCAUCAUGUGGAUCCUGCCAUUGGAGUUUACAUUAUAGAUCGGUAUACUUAUUAUGCAUUAAACUUUUUGGAAAAAGUAGAACCAUCUAGUACUAAAACAUUGGGUGAAUUUUUAAAAGUAUGUCCGAGAGAUUAUUGUUUAUCUACAGUUGGUGUAAGAAGAGAUUUAUUUAGAAGAGAUCCAGAUAAAGUGCCAGUAACAGAUUUCUUUGGGUCUCUUAGGCCUGUAGAACUUACAACAAAUAUAGUGAAUGUUUUACCAAUUAAGUCUAAUCGUACAAAAAUUCAAGAGCCAAAAGGAAAAUAUAGUUAUGUUGCGCAAUUCCCUGAUGUAUCUCAAUACGUAUGAUAAGAAGAAAGCUUUUUGCUAUAAAUUUAAUUAUUUGAUUUUAAUUCUACUUGGAGAUUAUAAAAAAAUAGGCAAAUUGUGAUGCACUCUAAACUAAUUAUCAAAUAGAUAUCUUCACCUUGGCAUAGUGUGCAAUUGUACCAAAAGGUGUGUCUGUAUAUGUGCAAGAGACAUACGUACAUAAGAUAUAAUUACAUAAUUAUUUAUAAAUUCGUAUAAA